AUGGAAGUCGACACCAGAUCUGUUUGUGUCAUAUCACGGCAAAUUUUUGAGAAACAUCGUAAGGUGUGGCCGUGCUUGAAGCCGUCACGUGCUAAGCAGUCAUGCUACACAGGUCGUACUCCAGUGCUGGGUGAGCUUCAACUCCGUGUGCACUACAAAGGCGUGGACGUCGAUUGCUCCCUGACUGUACUGGACUGUUCGGGACCAAGCCUAUGCGGCAGGGACCUCCUUGCCAAGCUGAAGGAUGCCGGGAUGCCUAUCCUGCAGUGGGCCGGACACGACUCUCCAGCGCCAGACCCAAAAUGCAGCGCAUCAGUCAACAACAUCUUCAGUGACUACCAGGAUGUCUUCUCCAGGGACCUGGACGUAAUCAAGGGACCUCCAGCCAGCCUGCAACCGAAGGACGGAGUUUCCCCCAAGUUCUGUCGAGGGUUUACCUUGGUUACCGACCACCAGGCACUCCUGGGUUUCCUGAGAGCUGACCGUCUGACUCCGGCAAUGGCCGCUGCCAAGAUUCAACGCUGGGCGCUUGACCUGGGUGGCUACCGUUACAAGCUGCACUAUGUGCCAGAAAAGCAGUUGCUGAACUCGGAUGGCUUCAGCAGAUUGCCGAUGCUGUCA